UUUUUCCAUUUCUUCUUUUCAACCACCGAAAUGGGGUGAAAAUAAGUAGGCCCAUAUUGCCUUCAUUUUUUUUUUUUUUUGUUCCUCUGCGGUUCUCCUUGUUCUUUCUGAUAUGCCCACGAUUCAUUAUGAAAAUAGUGCUCCAAAAACUUCCUUUUUUGAUUUACAAAGAGCAGCUAUUGUAAGGGAAAGUCCAUCCUUACGACUACGAAAGGCUGCCAUAGAGGGAAAUAUUGCAGCAGUCAAACGUCUCAUCAAAAUGGUCCCCAAUAUACAGAAUCCUGACCCGGACAAUGGAUAUACUACUCUAAUGUAUGCAGCGAAAUACGGUCACCUUGAUAUCGUUCAUCUUUUACUUGAAAUGGGUCAUGAAGAAGAGGUCAUCUCAAUGGAUCACAAAGGUAUCACAGUGCUUAUGCUUGCUAUCAUGCACGACCAUGAUGAGAUCUAUUAUGCGUAUGUGUCAAGAUAUCGGGAAUGUAUACAUGCAAUCAGCAAAGAUGGAAGUAGUGCGUUACUAAUAGCUGCUCAAAAGGGAAAUGCUAAUCUUGUUAGAAAUCUCUUAUCAAUUUCGGUGGAUAUUGAUCACACGGAUAAUGAAGGAAACUCUGCCUUCCAUUAUGCAUGUGCUUGGGGACAUCCUGCUGUGAUGGAACUAUUGAUGUCUGAAAAUUGCAAUGUAGAAUUGGAAAAUAAUGAUCAUUUUACUGCUGCUGAUGUUGCUUAUAGUUUUGGUAUCAAGGAUCACCUCAAAGAACUCUCUGAAAUGACAAUCAUCAAUGGUGACUCAGCAACAUCACUCUCUUCUUCUUAUAAACAGUCCUUACUCAACAGUCGUAUAUACCCUCCUCCCCUGUCUAACAAUGGAGCUUACUCAUCUGUCAACACAUCAACCAUGAUCUCCCGAGGACCAUCGUAUGGUGGCACUAUGGAUUCACCUACACCACGAGCAUCUACGUCUUCAUCUUCCACAAUACUACCAUCUGUCGGCAUACCAAUCAUCAACUCGGCAAGUACUGGAGCCCAUUAUCGAUCCAAUGAAACAUACCUGGAACAACAACAUGAACGUGUACCAAGUGCGGAUUCAAAAUCUUUCAAGGGCCGUUUUUAGAUAUUGUUUAUUUUAGUUUAUAGCUUAGAAAAUAAAAGUUGUUGUUAUACCCUCCUAUUGUCCUCCUCAUAUCAUAUAUUAACGUAGUCUUCUCAUAAUGAGCAUCAACGACAAAAGAAUUUUAUCAUUAUUUACAAUAGAGAUGUACGGAAAUAUAUAUUAUCAUCUACAUAAAUAUUCAUACAAACACAAUUCAAAAAAAACCCCAAUCCAAAGGAUACAUAAUUGAAGUUUCAAAAAGGUAAAACUGCUUUAUUCACAGAUAAUAGAAAAAAAA